GAAAUUUACCAACAACUUCCGGAAUGAUGAAAAUGAAAAGCCGAAAGUUGUAAAAAUUAGGAUAGAUUUAGAUCAGGUUCUAUUUUAUCUAGACUGCAAGGAUUAUAGAUCUAGAUCGUUUUAGAUCUAAUCUAUAAAGUGUCACGAUGCUCUCGUUUGUUGAUUUGAUAUUUUAUCUAUUAGGUGUUGCAAUCGUUUUUUUAAUAUUGUUUCUUAUUUAUACAUAUGUAACAGCAAAAACUUAUCCAAACUUGGGUCGUCAUGACAGUGAAAAGUUCUACUUUGAUCCUCAUUCCAAAUCAAAAAGACUUUUCCCAGACUAUACAAACUCACCUACUGUACACUUGACUGUAAUAGUACCAGCCUACAAUGAGGAAAAAAGACUUCCCAUUAUGAUGGAUGAGGCAAUGGACUAUUUGGAAAAGCGUCAAGCUAAAGAUUCUUCAUUCACUUAUGAAGUUAUUAUAGUUGAUGAUGGUAGUAGUGAUCGAACAUCUGAGGUUGGUCUAAAACAUUCAGAAAAAUAUGGAGCAGAUAAGGUUAGAGUGCUUACACUUCAUCACAAUCGAGGGAAAGGUGGAGCUGUUAGACUUGGUAUACUUUCAAGUCGGGGCAAACAUAUUUUGUUUGUUGAUGCAGAUGGUGCAAGUAAAUUUAGUGACCUUGAAAAAUUGGAGUCUAACUUGAACAAAUUGAAACUAGUUGCUAGAGAGGCUGCUAAAGUUAAAAAAAAUGUUAAACAUCAGGGCUCUAUGGCCAUUGUUUGUGGAUCUAGGGCACAUCUGGAGAAAGACUCCAUGGCAACUAGAUCCUUAUUUCGAACAUUCCUUAUGCUGGGCUUCCAUUUUGUUGUUUGGUUAUUGUGUGUUAGAGGUGUUCGGGACACUCAGUGUGGGUUUAAGCUGUUUACAAGAGAGGCAGCCAUUUUCCUUUUUUCAAAUAUGCAUGUUGAAAGAUGGGCAUUCGAUGUUGAUUUGUUGUACUUGGCUCAGCAUUUUGGAAUAUCAGUUUCUGAAGUGGCUAUUGAAUGGCAUGAAAUAGAAGGUACAAAAAUGGUUCCUGUCUGGAGUUGGCUGCAGAUGGGCAGAGAUAUAGUUUUAAUACGGUUAAGGUAUUCUUUAGGCAUAUGGAAAAUCAAAACCAAGUUCUAACCAUUCCUGUACCAAACUAGUAAGAUGAUAUUAGUAUUUCCCCCUCCACACACACAAAUACCAGUACACACAGAUUUCAACAAUAUUAAAAUGUUCAUAUUGAAUAAAUCAAACUUGCACACAGUUUUUUUGUGUAGGCGUGGUUAAGAAAUAAGUAUGACAUGGUUGUAAUUUUCUGUAGCUGUUUAUAAGAGAUUUAUUGGAUUUGUGCUGUACAUUAGCUGUAACUGUGAUUAUAACAUGUUGUAGUCAUGAAAACAGUGAAAGUGAAAUAAGGGGAUUAAAAUGUAUUUCAAUAUGCUUGUGCUAUUUGUAUUCCAAAUGUAUAUAGCCUCAGUGUCAUUUAGUGUUAGUAUGAGUUACCUGUUUUAUGUCUAUGUGCUAAUAAAAGUUAUUAGAAAUGUUUAUUGGCACUGUUUUGUUGUUGUUUUUAAUAACAAUGACAUAUGAUUUAUGAAUAGCUUUAUUUGCUGAGUUUGUGUUACCCUGUCAUUUUGUUUUGAAAUGACAUGUAUGGCUUAGUCAUUUUAAAUAUAAAAGCAGACAUUGUGAUGAGUGAUGCGUUAUUCAAUCUGUCAAGGUCUACAGCUUUAUUGCUUGUGGGACAUACUCUACUAAAACUCUGAGCAUUGUACUAAGAGACAUUUAUCAUUAUCAUACUGCUUUAUGUUAUUCUUCUUUUUAACCUAAUAUUGAAACCAAACAAAAAUACACAUUGUACAGUAAAAAUUAUGUGCCUUCAUUUUCUUUUUCAUUUGCAUAUUUAUCAAAUCUUUAUUUUUAAUGUGUUUUCUAUGUUGCAACACUUCAAUGUACAAAUACCAGUUAUUUUUAAUUCACUAAAGUCAAUAGAAUGUAAAGUUCCCCUUUCAGACCUUGCGAUCUUUGGGGCAGGUAAUGUAAAGGUCAUCUGUUUUUUUGGCCAACUAUUAGAGAGGGUGUCAUGUCAGGUAUCCAUUAGAGCUGGUACUCAGAGGGGCCCUAAAGAACCUGAAAUUAAAAAUCCGUCUUCACCCUUUGGUUAGGAAGCCAAGCACUUUACCACUCAGCCACUGCACCUCCUAGUAGAACAUAAACUUACACAAACAGUGAAACAAAAGUCUCUUGGGUGCUAGACAGUUUCUUUUUGUUAAAUGUUUAUUCCUUUCUCUCUGCUAUCUAAAUCUUUCUUCUAUUCUGUAACAACUAUAAAAUAAUUAUUUUUGUGUACACAAAUGCCAUGUCUAUAUUUUGUGGGUAAAUCAUUCUUGGAGAAGGUUUUUUGGUUUAUGAUGUGUUCAAAAGAAUAGUAUGUAAUAAAAAGAAAUAUAAUUUUUUAAA